AUGCCCGCGCUAGAGUUGCAAGGAAAGCUCAGGAAAGUCGGAAUUGAACUGCGAAGCCUGCAGCCGAAUCUUGUGGAUCAAAUUUGGCAGUCUUGUGGAGUCGAACCGACAGAACCAGUCAGGCUGCAUCCUGUCAAGUUGGCCGGCAUCGGCACGCCCGAAAAGCUGCGGCAGGUCCGACGAAAGAUGGUGGACAAUAAAGCUGACGCAUUGCUCGUGACAGCUUUGGACGAAGUAGCGUAUUUGUUCAACAUCCGCGGGGGUGAUGUCCAGCACACUCCCGUGGUUCUAGCCUUUGCCCUUGUGGAUAUGAGUGGGGCUGCCAUUUUCCUGGAUGAAGGCAAGCUGACCAGCGAGGUGCGAGAAUACUUGCAAGACUGCAACGUCAGCAUUUAUCCUUAUGCUUCGUUUGAUCAAGCUGUCGCUGAACGGGCUCAGUCUGGCCAGCGAGUGUGGAUGGAUACAAAGCGCUGUAACUACUCACUUUACCUGGCAAGUGGCAGCAACGGGCCUGCGGUGGCCAAGCGAUCUCCUGUCGCGGAACUUCAAGCUAUCAAGAACGAAGCUGAAAUAAAGGGCAUGAUGGAGGCACAUCGUCGCGAUGGAGUCGCACUGUGUGCUGCCUUUGCGCAACUGGAGCGCAUGGUGAACAGUAGCGGCCCAGUGACUGAGAUUGAUGUGGAUGGAGCUGUGACAGCUGCCCGGGCGACGCAAGCGGGCUACCUGGACAGAUCAUUUGAGACAAUCGCUGGGUAUGGAGCCAAUGCAGCAAUCAUCCACUACGUUGCGCAGGCAGAAUCUGCGGCGAUGGUUGGAACGGAUUCCAUUCUGCUACUCGACUCGGGGGCACAGUAUCAAGAUGGGACCACUGAUGUGACUCGAACUUUGAAAUUUGGCAAGCCAACGCAUGAAGAGCGUCAGUUAUUCACCAGAGUUCUCAAGGCUCACAUUGGUCUUGCAACAGCAACGUUCCCCGAUGAUGUCCCAUGCUUCAUGUUGGACUCAUUCGCUCGAAAGCCCUUGUGGGAGGUGGCUGCUGACUACCGCCAUGGGACUGGGCACGGUGUAGGGGCUGCCCUGCACGUUCACGAAAUUCCGCCAUAUAUUGGUCAGCGAUUCGAAAACCGCGAUCCGUUGCAGGCGGGGAUGAUUGUUAGCAACGAGCCUGGCCUUUAUUUUGAAGGACGCUUUGGAAUCCGCAUCGAAAACCUCAUGCUUGUGGUUGAGAAGGCAAGUUGCACCACGACAGGCGGGUUCCAGCAUAGAAGUUCCAGCAUAGAAGUGCCUGCAAAAGGCCGCCGACGCAGAUGGCAGACGCUACUUGGGCUUGCGCCCGCUCACGCUGGUACCCAUUCAGAGAGACCUCAUAGACCCAUCAUUGCUGUCAAACGCAGAGCUUGCCUACCUAAACGCUUACCACAGGCGGGUCGCGGAGGAACUUUCUCCGAUCAUGCUGGAACAUGGGAACACAGAAGCCCUCGCUUAUCUUCAUCGUGA